GAUUUCAGUUAUUUGAUGGACACACGCCGUGGCAGCUCGGUUUGAAGCUAACGGUACUGCUGGCUGUUUUUCAUAGUGUGCACAAGGAAAAGAAUCGAUCAGCAAGUGCAGUGAAUUACUGAAGUUGAAGAAAUAUAGUGAAACCCUUAAGCGAUCGGAUGCUAGAAAGAAUUAAAGUAAUCAAAAAACAAAAGACUUAAGCAACAAACUUGGAGGCGAUUGCGCUUCGCAGUGGUCAAAUUGUGGCAGCUGGCAUGCUGCACCUAACUUGGCCAACUAUCACUACAAAUAAUUAAGGCCAAGCCGAGAAACCAUCAUCAUCACAACUGCGUGGGCUGUCGCAACGAUUCACGUUCCACUUUAUCGUUUAUCGUCUCGCUGACCAUAAUUGGAUUAUAUCGCAGCUGUAGUGUUCGCAUGCGAAAACAAAUUUGCAAAUACGCAUUUAAAAAAGUCAUUAACAACUACAUACAACGAUCAAUAGCCAAGUGACAACGUGCAACGUCAACAAUAUGAUUUUAAGAAUAUUAUUUCUGGGCUUCUUGACCGCUGUUGCUGCACAGUAUCAUCAUUUUGGACAGCAACUACAGUCUCCACAUGGAUCAGACUGUGCCCUGUUGCUGGCUGGACCGGGUCGUUCCUCAGUCUACGACUACAAUGUGAAUUUGUUUCGCGGAAUGUUGAAUCCAUAUAGCGGUGGUGCGGGCACUUGCAUUACCUAUGAUGCCAUCAAUACGGCUUACAUGGACGCACGCAAGCGUAUACAUGUGGCCCAACCAAAGUCUGACUGGAAGCCUGAGGAGUUGGCCACUGUUGGCGAACUUUUGCUCGACAUUUCCAUUCAGUUGGCACGCACGUACGGCUUAUCUUAUGAGGAAAUCGAGAAGGGAUUGCCUACAAUUGACACUUCUAAAACGCUUAUUCGUGAGGUCUGUCCCCCGUUCUUUGCGGGCGUUGAGUGUCGACCGGGAAAAUAUCGGCGCUUUGACGGCCUUUGUAAUAACAUUGAUCAUCCCACCUGGGGCGCUGCGAAUUCUCCUUUCCAACGCCUCAUCGGUCCGCUCUAUGCAGAUGGCAUCAACGCACCCCGCAUUUCGGUAACUGGCCGGGAUUUGCCCUUUUCUCGCGUGGUUUCGCGUACAAUGCAUCCGGAUGAUGGAUAUCACGAUCACGCAGGCACGGUUAUGGUCAUUGCUUGGGGACAGUUCAUGGAUCACGACUUUACACUGACGGGCACGCCACUGGAUCCUGUCAAUAGAAAUGAUCCGGAAGAGUGCUGUAAGCGUGCACUACACCAAAAGCAUCCAUAUUGCAAUGAGAUACGCAUCCCGGACGAUGAUUACUUUUAUCGCUUAUUUAAUGUUAAGUGCAUAGAUUUCGUGCGGGGGUUUCCAUCGCCCCGACCUGGCUGUCGCCUGGGUUCCCGACAGCAGUUCAACACCUUGACUGGUGUUAUUGAUGCCAACACCGUUUAUGGUGUAAAAGAAUCUUUUGCACGCAAAUUGCGAACUGGAUAUGGCGGUCUGAUGCGAAUGAAUCCCGUAUUUCAAGAAUAUGGUCUAAAGGAUUUACUACCACUUAAACUAGAUAUACCCGACGAGGGCUGCACGCGACCCAAUAAAAGCAUGUACUGCUUUGAGGGCGGUGAGAUUCGCGUUAACGAACAACUUGUAUUGACGUGUAUGCACACAUUGAUGGCACGAGAGCACAAUCGACUCGCAACGGGACUGGCACACGUUAACCAACACUGGGAUGACGAGACGCUUUUCCAGGAAGCGCGACGAAUUAAUAUUGCCAUAGUCCAGCACGUAACAUUCAAUGAGUUUCUGCCUAUACUCCUAGGUAAAGAAGUAAUGGAGAAGUUUGGUUUGGUAUUGCAAAAAGAUGGUUACUGGGAUGGCUAUGACCAAAAUGUGAAUCCUGGCAUAAUUGACUCCUUUGCUGGCGCCGCCUUUCGCUUUGGCCAUUCUCUACUGCCCACUGCGGUAGAGCGAUGGUCUAAGGCCCACAAAUUUAUUGCGUCCAAGCGUUUAUCAGAUCUAAUCCGUCGUCCUUAUGACUUGUAUCGAGCUGGGGUGCUGGAUGAAUACUUUAUGGGUCUAAUGAAUCAGGUGGCACAAGCCAUGGACGACUCGAUUACCCAGGAAGUUACCAAUCAUCUUUUUAAGAAGGAGGGUGCACGCUUCGGCAUGGACUUGGUGUCAUUCAAUAUGCAGCGUGGCCGUGAGUUUGGCAUACCCGGCUAUAUGGAGUUCCGUAAGUUCUGCGGAUUGCCAACCUCAAGCACAUGGGAUGAAAUGUAUGGCUCCAUGCCGAAUGAAACCGUUUUACGCUAUGGCAGCAUAUUUGAAAAUCCUGCUGACAUUGAUUUGUGGUCUGGCGGUGUGUCUGAAAAAUCAUUACCUGGUUCCAUGUUGGGACCAACUUUUGCCUGUAUUAUUGCCACACAGAUGAGUUACUUACGUCGCGGCGACCGCUUCUGGUAUGAAUUACCGAAUCAGCCUUCGUCAUUUACACCCGAACAGCUGCAGGAGAUACGCAAAGCGAAGCUUUCACGUUUAAUUUGCGAUAAUACCGAUUUAAUUGAUACAGUGCAGAUCUACCCCAUGGUCUUGCCGGAUCAUGAAAUCAAUCCACGCGUGCCAUGCAAGAGCGGCAUUAUACCCUCCAUUGAUCUAAGCAAGUGGGCAGACUUUGGCAGUCACGGCUUGGACCCGUCUGUAUAUAACUACAUUAACGAAAUCCCCGACACAAUUCUUAACUUCAGGAAGUAAUGUUCAUAUGCUGAAUUAUUUUUAUGCACACCGCACAAAUUUGAAAUUCUUAUUCAUACUUUUCCAUAUCCAUUCUAUUAUUCUUUGCCAUUUAGUCUCUUUAAUCUACUUCUAGUCUCACAUCGCUACCACAAAAUUUCUGCUGUAAAAAUGAUUCUGAAAACAGUCAGUUUUAAUUUCACACUGCCAUUUUAAUUAGAUAUUUCCAACAUUUUCAUGCAUUAUCCAUAAUUUCUGUAUAUAUGUAUUUUUUUAAUAUAGCAAAAAUACAGGAUAAGUUAAUGAAGGUCAUUCAAAACACCGAAGGCCUUAUGUAAUCAUUAAUUAUAUUUUGCUGUAGGUUUUAUAAAUGCAAAAUAUUUACCAUUUAAAUAAAAUUGAAA